AGAAUGUAUACCCUUUUCGUAAUUAUUACCAGCUAACCAAUAGAGAUCCGCCAUGUGUCCACUUAAAUUACUGAGAAAGGAAAAAGGAAAAUGAACGGAAUUUUGCAGACGGAGAAAAGGCGCAGAGACGCUCACUGUUACAGCCAUGCAUUGCAGCUGAGGCUCUCUCGCCCUCUCUGUCUCUCUCUGCUCAACUCUGUCGAAGAACCCUAAGACUUAAGUGCCGAUUUCGCUUCUUUUUUUUCUUCUUCUCUGCGGCGUCUCCUUAUACAGUAUUGUUGAAGAUGUCUGACUUAUCGGAAGGGGAUACUGAUAUAAGUGAGAGCUGUGACAUGAAUGAGCUCUAUGUAUGGCCAUGGAUGGGAGUCGUGGCAAACGUUCCUGUCCAGUGGAACGAUGGGCGUUAUGUUGGACAGAGUGGCUCGGUACUUAGGGAUAAGCUAAGAAAGGAGGGGUUCAAUCCUGUGAGGGUAAUCCCUUUGUGGAACUUUAAGGGUCACUCUGGGUAUGCAAUAAUAGAGUUUAAACGUGAGUGGCUCGGACUGUAUGAUGCCUUAAGGUUUGAGAAGGCUUAUGAGGCUCGGCAUCAAGGAUUUAGGGACUAUUUUGGAGAUGAAGAGAAUGCGAAGAAGCUAUACGGUUGGGUGGCUCGAGAUGGGGAUUUUCACUCAGGCAAUGUUGUUGGUGACUAUCUACAGAAGCACGGAGAUCUGAAGUCAAUAGGACAAUGUCAAAAGGAGGAGCAGAUUAAAAAUAGCAAACUACUCUCCCAAUUGGAAAAUACAAUAGAUGCUAAAAAUAGGAACCUGAAAGACAUGGAAAACAAAUACAAAGAAACUUCCAUAUCCCUUAGCAGUGUGAUAAGCGAAAAGGAUGAGAUGGUUCAAGCUUUCAAUGAAGAAAGAAGAAAACUGCAACAAAGUGCCAGUGAUCAACUCCAAAAAGUUCUCCAGGACCAUGGCAGAAUCACCAUGGAAUUGGAAGUUCAGAGGAAGAAGCUCGAGCAAGAGGAGCAAGAGUUGGAGGAACGUGAAGCUCAGAAUGAAAAUGAGAAUCUACGGCUCAACCAUGAGAAGAAACAGAAUGAGAUGGCAAUCUUGGAAUUAAAGAGGGCAGAUGAAAAGAUGUUACUCUUGGGAGAAGAGCAUAAGAGAGAGAAAGAGAAGCUUCAGAGAAAAAUGAUUGACUUAGAAAGAGAACUUGAUGCAAAGCAAGCGCUGAAGUUGGAGAUACAACGUCUCACGGGGAAUUUGCAAGUAGUAAAGCAUAUGGGAGACGACGGUGACAUGUCAGAGAAGUUUCUUUCCAUAAAGCAAGAACUAGAAGAGAAGGAAGAAGAACUUCAACAUCUUGAUCAACUCAGUCAAGCUCUUAUUAUCAAAGAACGGAAAAGCAAUGAUGAAUUGCAAGAAGCUCGGAAAGAACUAAUAAAUGAAAUGAAGGAUGUGUCUGCUCGGGUCAGCAUUGGGGUCAAGAGAAUGGGAGAGUUAAGUAGUAAUGCCUUUAUACCAGCAGCCAAAAGGAUGUAUAAGGGUAGUGAACCAGGGCUCAGAGCUGUUGAGUUAUGCUCGCAAUGGGAUAGUCGCAUAAGGGAUUCUAAUUGGCACCCUCUCAAGAUCAUCGAAAUUGAAGGUGGUAAACGUCACAAGACAAUCCUGAAUGAAGAAGAUGAGGAACUGACAGUGCUGAGGAAUGAGUUAGGCGAAGAAGCCUACGAAGCAGUGACGACAGCCUUGAUGGAGGUGAAUGAGUAUAAUCCAAGCGGUAGGUAUGUAGUGAGGGAGCUGUGGAAUAACAAAGAGAAAAGAAGAGCAACUCUGAAAGAAGGAAUAGCAUAUAUCAUCAAGCAAUGGAGCGCACUUAAAAACAAGAGACGUUAGAGGCUUGUUCCUCUUCAAGUUCAUAUAUCCCAACACCACAAAACCUCAGUCUCCUUCUUCCACUUAUCGUUUUUUGUUUACUUCAGCGAGAGCUAGCAAGACCCUUAAUACUUCACAGUAGAUAAACUAUCAUUUCCAGCGCAUGUUAGUGAUGCAAAAACAUAUGAGGUGGAAAGUUGAGAUUUUGUUUAUGAAUCAUGAGCGUUACUAGUAGCCUGGUGCAGGGGAAUUUAUCAAUUUUCGAUUUUAGCAUUUUCAAGAUGUUCUAGAUGUGACUUCAUUUACUGUAGAAGUGUUGAUAAUACUUCAUUUUUUAGGUCG